AGGAAUGGGGAAUCAAAUGCGGACUAUUUCCAUCAAAUUUCACCAUGAAAUCGUCUCUCUUCUUCUCAUUGCCAUCGCCAAUGUCUGUCUCUUAUUAGGGCACUUUUCUUUUUCCCUCUUUAUAAAACCUACGGCGCUCUCUUCCUCAAUUUGAACUUAUGGCCAAGAAGACUCAGAUGGGGAACAAGAACAAGAACAAGAAGACACCCAAAUUACAUCAAAUCGAUCUCAUACCUAAGUUUUCGCACCAACGGAGAAGCCCUGGUGGCCACAAACCUCGAACGGACUUUUCUUUUUUCUUCUGCUCAUCCUCCUCCUCCUCUACUCUAGGUUUCUUACCAGAUGCUUCCAAUGAAGAUAAGAAAGGAGAGAAUGUGAACAAAAUGGGAAUCUCAUCGAGUGAUGAAGCUCCAGUUGAGAAAAAGGUUAUGGGUCAUCUUCAAAAGAAGAAAGUUAGAAGGAAUUUUUAUAAACAGACAAGUGAUGAUGAUGUUGAUUGCUUGAAGCUAACUCCUGAAAGGUCACACAUUCAAGAGGACAAAUGGGAUUCUUCGAGAUCAAGCAGAAUCGAAAGCGAUGGUGGUCCUGACACGAGGAGAAGCAAGAGGGAUAGAAAACCAAGAGUUCAUUUUGAUGAGUUGAGUUUGCCAGAGAAACCAACAAGGAAGGUUAGAAGGUACAGGAUAAUGCGGUUGCUUGGCCUUGCAGCACCUAUAGGUUCGCCUUUUACUAUACCUUCAUUGUGAGGAAGAAGAAGAAGAAGAACACUAGAUUGGGCAGAGAUUGGUUGUCUUUUUCUUUCUUUCUUUUUGGUUUUUCUCAUAUGUUUUGUUGGAGAUGUGAAUCUGUAAAGAAUAAACUGGAUUUUCUAAAUAAUUCAUACUAUGGUGAUCAUUAUACUCUA